CAAUUGCAUUGGGUUUCAUUGUGGAUGCUGUUAGGAUGAAGUUUUCCCUGCUCUUUUUUACUCUGUUUAUCUGGAUUCAGGAGAAGCAUGGCUUCACUCUUCCAAGGGAUGAAGUUUUGUGGGCUCUCCCAAAAACAGACGGACAGGUUGAAGCCCUUCAGAAUUUACUGAACACCACUGAGGUCAUUCUCUGGCAGCCUGUUAUGGUUGAAAACAUCAAGACGGACAAAGAAGUCCAUUUCUACGUUAGCUUGUCCAUUUUAAAUAAUAUAAAGGCUGAGUUAAGGAGACUGACCAUCGAGCACAAAGUUUUGAUGGGAGAUGUUCAAGGACUUAUUGAAAAACAGACUAUCAAUGACACAGUCAAUCCACGCAGUUCGUCGUCGUAUUAUGAAAAUUACCACUCUCUGAGAGAAAUACUUUUUUGGAUGGAUGAAAUGGUAAAAACCCAUUCGGACCUUCUCCAGAAAAUAUAUAUUGGAUCCUCAUAUGAGAAACGACCACUUUAUGUUUUGAAGCUUUCUAAAAGGCAGGAAAAAGUCAAAAGUGCCAUAUGGAUUGACUGUGGUAUCCACGCUAGAGAAUGGAUUUCUCCUGCUUUUUGCCUGUGGUUCAUAGGCCAUACAACGCAUUUGCGUGAGAGAGAUCAGACCAUGACAACACUUCUGGAACACUUUGAUUUCUACGUCAUGCCUGUGGUGAAUGUGGAUGGCUAUGAGUACACGUGGAGCCAGCCCUCCAAACGGCUGUGGAGAAAGAGCCGCUCGUCACAUGGUAACAGCAAGUGUAUCGGUACUGACAUGAAUAGGAAUUUUGAUGCACACUGGUGUGGUGAAGGAGCAUCUCCUUACGAAUGUCAUGAAACGUACUGUGGACCCUAUCCAGAGUCGGAACCAGAAGUGAAAGCAGUGGCUCGCUUUCUCAGACACCAUAAAGACAUCAUUAAAGCAUACCUAACAAUGCACUCUUACUCCCAGAUGGUAUUGUUUCCAUAUUCUUACACUACUGACAAAAGUAAAGACCAUGACGAGCUGGAGAGUCUAGCAAACAAAGCAGCUAAAGCUAUUAAGAGGACAACAAAAAAAACAUACAGACUUGGUGCAGGUGCACACACAAUUUACUUAGCUCCUGGAGGUUCAGAUGACUGGGCUUAUGACCUUGGCAUUAAAUAUUCUUUUACUUUUGAGCUUCGGGACACUGGAACUUAUGGAUUUUUGCUUCCUCCCCAAGAAAUUAAACCAACUUGCUUAGAAGCACUUGCUGCUGUCAAAGAGAUAGCUAACCAUGUCCUGCAGAAUUUGUGAUACUUUGAAUUUGGCAUCUCAUAACCUUAGCGCCUUAUUUACACAAACUGGUAUUGAAUGUGAUUUAUUCCAGCAUGACAGUAAUUAGUUAGCUCAGUAUAAUAAGAAAGCUUGCUGCGUUACCAGUUUAAUUUAUACACAGGCCAAAAAAACCAUGACUGCACCCCUUACGCUUCUUUUCAUUUUAGAAUGCCUCAGUUUGUUCUGCUAUUCUUAUAUCCUUAAACCUACAGCGCUAUGAGGACAGCAACACAGAGGGCAAUGCUUCAAGUACAACUUCCCAACACUUAAAUAUAUACUAAAAAAAAUAUAGACAGGUUGGAGUCUUA